AUGGCAGACGCCGAAGAUACGCCGUCCGACGGAACGGGGGGCCAGGAUGCGUCGCCGGCUGUCGUCAGGGAAACAAAUGGACAGAAGGCAGGACUGGCGAAAGCAGUUAUGGCGAAAGGCCAGCGAAAGCCGCCACACCGUCGCGAAAGGUACUUCGGCGACGGUAGCAAUGCCGCGGAAGCGAAGAAAGUGACGAAAUGGAAGGCCGGAACUGCCGCGCAAGGUUCCGGGCUUAAAGCGGCAGGGGGUCUAGGGGACGUGGCGCAGGGUUUAGGGUUGGCGGCGAGAGAGGCUGGAGGCGGGGAGGCGGAAACGGACUGGAGCGCGUGGGGGAAGGAUUCCGCGGAUGACGAGGGGAGGGGGAAGGGCGAGGAGCGGAGGGAGGAAGGAUUGGUGGAGGAGGGGGAGGUGGAGGAUGAUGAGGAGGGGGAGGAUGGCGUGGACGCGGAGACGCGCGGCAGGAUGGGCAAGUACAGCCGCGGCAAGGCGCUCAAAACCGAGAAAUUCCCGGGCAGAUUGAAAGCAAAGAUGGAGCAUCGGGAGAAGGUGAUUGGGCAAGGAGUCUUGACAGCUGCCCAGGCAGAGAAGUGGCUGCUGCCGUCAGAAGCCGGGUACGUGGAGGCGGAGGGGGUGGAGCGCACGAGCAACGUGUCUCAGGCCGACAUCGUGCAGCACGUGGGCGCCGCCAGCCGACGAGCUGCCUUCGACCUCAAGCUGCCAGAGCUGGGCCCAUACAAGGCGGCCUACUCGCUCAACGGGCGCAGCCUGCUGCUGGGGGGGCGCAAGGGGCACCUCGCUGUCGUGGACUGGCGGCGCUGCCACGUCACCACCGAGAUCCAGGUGCGGGAGACGGUGCACGAUGUGUGCUUUCUCCACAACGAGCAGUUCUUUGCCACCGCGCAGAAGAGGUACACGUUCAUUUACGACAAGAGGGGAAUCGAGCUGCAUUGCCUCAAGCACUGCACCACCACCCCUUGCUCAUUGGCUCACAUGCUCCUCUUCCCUCCUCUUCCCUCUUCCCUCCUCUUCCUUAAUCUUCCCUCCUCUUCUCUCCUCUUUCCCACCUCUUCCAUCAUCUUCCCACCUCUUUCCUCCUCUUCCUUCCUCUUCUCUCUUCUUCCCUCCCUUCCCUCCUCUUCUCUCCUCUUCCCUCGCACCCUCCUCCUCCCUCCUCUUUCUUCCUCUUCCCUCAUCUUCCCUCGUCCCUCCUCUUCCCACCACUUCCCUCCUCUUUCCUCCUCCAUGUUCUCCCACCCCCCGCAGAACAUCACGGGCAGCGGGGCGCUGCGUCUGCAGUACCUGCCGCACCACAUGCUGCUGGCGUCCAUCUCCAAGGGCGGGGUUCUGGACUACGUGGACACCACCACGGGCCGCCACGUGGCGCAGUGCAAGACGCGCAAGGGGCGCUGCGACGCCAUCACAGCCGACAGCCGCACGGGCGUGAUCUCCCUGGGCCACAGCAACGGCACCGUCUCCCUCUGGAGCCCUUCCAUGGGGACUCCCCUCGCCACACUGCUCGCGCACCACGCGCCGCUCACGGCCAUUGCGAGUGAUGCGUCGUCUGGGAGGUACCUGGUGACGGCGGGCAUGGAGGGGCGCGUGCGCGUGUGGGACGUGCGCACGCUGCGCGAGCUGCACUCGUACGUCUCGCCCACGCCAGCGAGGACGGUCGCGCUGAGUCAGCGCGACAUGCUGGCGGUGGGGUUCGGGUCAGCGGUGGAGGUGUGGAAGGAGGCGCUGACAGCGAAGCAGCACACGCCGUACCUGAAGCUCAGGAUUCAGUCGAGCGGGGCAAACAGGAACACAAGGAGUGGUGGUGGAGGAGGGGCGGCAGCGACUUUCGCCGGAACCACAGCAGCAGCAGCAGUGGAGAGACUUUCCUUCUGCCCGUACGAGGACGUUUUGGGCACUGGGCACGCGGAAGGGUUCUCUUCGCUGCUUGUGCCCGGGGCAGGCGAGGCGAACUUUGACUCGUUUGUGGCGAACCCGUUUGAGACGGGGAAGCAGCGGCGCGAGGCGGAGAUCCACAUGCUGCUGGACAAGCUGCCGCCCGAAUCCAUCAUGCGCGACCCCGACCGCAUCGGCACCCUCCUCCGCCCCCACGACCGCCAGCGCACUCUCACCAAUGCGCUCGUCUCCAAGGCUAACGCCGCGGCUCGGGCAAAGAGCCUCGGGAAGAGCCCUGGGGGGGAAAGGAAGGGAGGGGGGAAGGAGGGUGGGGAAGGUGCUGGUGGUGGGGGAGGGGGAGGGGGAGGGGGAGGGGAGGAGGAGGGGGAUGAGGAGGAUGAGGAGGAGGGUGAGGAGGAGGGGAAGGAUGGGGCGAAGCGGCCUCGGGAGAAGAACAAGACCAAGGGGCGGAACAAGCCGUCGAAGCGAGCCAAGAAGAGGAAGAUGAACAUUAUUGAGAGCAAGAGGGAAGCCACUCGGAGAGACGUGCGUGCCAAGGAGGGGGGAGGGGGAGGGGCGGGCGGAGGAGGGGAGGAAGGGAAGUCGGCAGUGCCGCUUGCUCUGGCUCGGUUCCAACGGAAAGGAGCACGUGAAGGGGUAGCAUGA